AUCUGAUGAUCCGUCAUGAAGCUACUGCUGUUGGCGGUGAUUGUUGCCCUCGCUUGGCUUCUUAUAGAGGCUGGCAAGACCAGGACUAAGAACAGCUCCUGUCUGGUGAAAAACAAAUAUCCCCCCGAAUCUUCUUGUAGAUCAUCGCAUCGGGAAUUCUUUGCCUUUCACCGAGUUCUAUUCGACUGCAUAAAGGUGACCACAAAUUGCCGCAAGAUCUACAGGAGGAAUGAGUUCCAUAGUUUGCAAUCGUGCAGAGAUGCAUGUCACUACCACAUGGCUGAACCAAGUCCGCCACCACCCCAAAAUGGUACGACUUCUGCACCUGGAGGUGCCUCCGGAGCGCCAGGAGACGCUCCAGCAGCUGAAACGCCAGCUGCAGCGUGAUCUUCAGGAUCGGACACAAAAAAGAUCAAUUUAAUUAAAUUCCCGCAGAUAUUUGAAAUAACUUAUAGAGAGCAUUGUGAUAAUUUCAAUUCGGUAUUUUCUGUAUAUUUAAUCACUGUGUGUGCACCGCAUUACCAAUUUUUUUUUGCCCUCGUAUUUACAACUACAUGAUUUGCAAGACUCAUAAUAC